UACACCGAGCAGCAAAAUGGCCGACCGUCAACCAACUGACUUUAUAGCGCUUUAAAAACGAAGAUAUUCUGCGUAUUUCGUUUACAUUAUCUUUAAACAUACAUAAAUCAGAGUUUUUAAAUGGUAUUUUCUUCGAUCUGUAGUUAUUCGCAUUUUGGGGUAUACUGUUUUGCCUCGAAUGUCUAGAAAAGCUAGAAUUUCGCACUGAAGCACUUUAUUUCAUAUGUAGCUAGCUAGCUAAUUCCUGAGAAAGGUGUAUCAGGAAAGGGAACAGCAGUUCAUGGAAGACAAGAAAAGGAAGAAAGAAGAAAAACGGAAAAGGGAGAAUUCCCAGAAGGUCGCAGAACAAAAAAACAAAGUGCCAGAAUUGACCAAGCCUACGUCCACCCAGUCUCCGGCCACCCCCAGCUCUGUGUCCCCCAACCCUGGCCCUGCCCCCUCCCCUGCCACCGCGGCUGCUGGGGCCCCCCCUCAGGGUGGGAACAAUGCUAAGCGGCCGGCGGUGGCCAACGGACAGCCCCCCUCCAGCGCCCCAGUGCCCCAGCGCUACAUGCCCCGCGAAGUGCCCCCUCGAUUCCGCUGCCAGCAGGACCACAAAGUGCUACUGAAGAGGGGCCAGCCGCCACUGUCCUGCAUGCUGCUGGGGGGGGGCAGUGGCGGGGGAGGCACCCCUCUCUCACAGGGGGAUGCGCCCGGUGCAACAGCAGCUGCUGCGUCAGAUUCCAGUCCUGGGGCUCUGGGUCCGGCCGCCCCCUCGCUGCCCCACUCCUCCUCCUCAUCAGUCGCUGCUUCUUCUACUACUACUUCUUCAAAUUAUGCAAAUUCCACGUGGGGGGCGAGCUCUGCGAAUGUACGCAGGCCCCGGCAGCGGCCCGUGGGGGGGCCUCCCAUGGCCAGCGGCGAGGGGGGGAGCGCGGCCGCCCCUUCCAAAUCCAAAGCCGCCCCUCUCCCCGGGACCCUGGACGGGGUCCAGCGGGUGGCAGCGGCGGGGUUCCUGGUGCCAACUUCAAUCCCAGCGCCAACCCUUCUGCCUGGCCCGCCCUGGUGCAGGAUGGGACAGCCGGGGCCGACGGCUCCACCCCUCCUCCCCUGCCCAACCCGCCGCCUCUGUCCGCCAACCCCCUCCCUCAAUCAUCCCUCCCCAUCUGCCAAUCCCGCCGGUCAUCAGCACCUUCACCAAAUGCAAGCCAGGGAGAGGGAGAGCCUCUGCGGGGAGUGGGCCGGGGCGCGGCCCGAGCCAGGAACAGGACCAAAAACAGCCGAGGAGGAGCCGGAGUGCGGGCUCGGUGGAGGAGGCGACGCCGCUAACUCCUCCUCCUCCUCUACAGCCUCCUCCUCAUCGUGGAGAGCCCAGCCCUUCUCCUCCGACCCCAAAACAGGUUCCUCGAGGACUGACCCGUGGGACGGCACAGCGGGAGGGGGCGCGGCCGGGGAGGGGGCCAGCUCGUGGGCGUACGGCGGCCCGGAGGGGAAGGGGGCGGGGGGGAAAGCCUGGGGCGGCUCCAAGACCCCCGGGGUAUCUCAGGGAGCGUGGGGCGGGGGCGGUGGGCCGGAGCUUUCAGUGGGGGAGUGGGGCAAGAGCGCGGGCGGGGGGGCGGGACCCAACAAUCCGGGGGGAGGAGGCGGCUGCAGCAGCACCAGCAGCAGCAGCGAGGGGAGCGUGGGCAACCCUCCCACCUCCUCCUCCCCAACUGCAUCUUCUAUGACAAGAGCUUGGGACAAUCAGAAGGGGGUGGGAGACGCCGGGGGCGGGGGGACGGGCGAGUGGGGUGGCCAGGGGAGGGGGGGGACCUCGUCCUCCAGCGGGGGCGGACACUCCCGGGCUGGGAGCGGCGCCCAUAAUCAGCACCACCACCACCGCACCCACAAUCCCCCCAACCCCGAGGCGGCCUUACACACCCUGCUCAGCCGGACCGACCUGGACCCCCGCGUGCUGUCCAACACCGGCUGGGGCCAGACCCAAAUCCGGCAGAACGUGGCCUGGGACCUGGAGGUAGGCGGGAGCAGCGGGGGCGUGGGCCCCUCCGUGGCGCCCAACAGUGCAAGCCUCGCUCCUCCUUACUCUACCCCCACCGCCAACCCGGCUACUGCUGAUCCGUCGGCACCUUCCGCUCCCCCUGGCCCCAGGCCGGGCCUGAACUCCAGCGCCACGGCGGCCGAAGGCUGGGAGAGCGGCAGCAGCGGCAGCAACAACAGCAGCGCUUCCCUGCCUGCCCGCGGCCCCCGGCCCCGGCCCCCCUGGCCCCAGCACCGCGCACCCCGGGGCCCCUGCAGCCCGGAGGAAACCCGGCCGGCCCCCAGGGCAAGAGCGGCGGGGGCUGGGGACCGAACAAGUCCGGUGGAAAGCCAAGGGAAAGGGUGGGGGCAGCGAGGGCCAGGACUGGAGGGAGGAGAGGCUGGGGAGGGGGAGGGGGGGAGGGGGGAGGGGGAGGGGGGGACACAGGAGGCAAAUCUCACCAGGGUUGGGGGGGGUAAAGGGCACCAGUCACAGAUACCAAACAGUCAGUCGGCCAUGAUGAAGACCCCUGGACCACAGCAGCAGCAGCAGCAGCAGCAGCAGCAGCAGCAACCCCAGCAGCCACUAGAGCCGGGGCCCAUGCAGGGUGGCUGGGGUAAGCCUGGGGGUCCCAUCUCCCAGAACCAGACCAGAACCAGAACCAGAACCAGAACCCAAAGCUCAGGCUGGACCUCGGGGCCCGUACCCCGCCUGCCCCAGUGGCCCAGCAGCGAGGGCCCGGAGCCCAGCGGCUGGAGGGAGCCCUCGCCCCAGUCCAUCAGCCGAAAGAUGGAAAUCGACGACGGGACUUCCGCCUGGGGCGACCCCAACCACUACAACCACAAGGGCGUCAACUUGUGGGACAAGAACAGUGCCCCCGCCAGCCAGCCCCCGCCACUGCACGCCCAGCCACCGCCUGCGUCUCAGCAGCAGCAGCAGCAGCAGCAGCAGAAGCAGCAGCCACCAUCGGGAAGGCCUGCCCAUCAGCACGUUUGGGGAGGUGGCCCUUCUCCCUCCAGCCCCUCUGUGGACAACGGCACGGCCGCCUGGGGCAAGCCCACUGACGCACACACCGGCUGGGGCGACCCGGAGGAUUCUGGGAAGGCCUCGGGCUGGGGGAACCUUUCUCCCAACCCAAUCAAAUCUGGCUCAAAGUCUAUGCAAGAAGGCUGGGGUGGGGGUGAGGGCGAGGGCUCGGUCAGCGCGUCCCGCCACUCCAGCUGGGAGGAGGAAGAGGAGGGGACCGGCGUGUGGAGCAGUGCGGGGUCCCAGGGUAGCAGCUCCUCCUACAACUCCGGGGGCUGGGGGCAGGGCCACGGGGGCAAGAAGGGCAACAGCAAGGGACCCUUGAAGGGCGGUGGCGGAGACUCCUGGAUGAACCCCAUGGCCAGACAGUUCUCACACAUGGGGCUCUUGGGUGAGGACCCCAGCGGGCGGCCCCUGGACCUGGCCCCAGGCCCUCCCCAGGACAAGAAGCUGGAGGGAGACAAGCGUGGAAUGAGCCUCAGUGACUACAACGGAGAGAUUCGCAAAGGGGGGAGAGGAGGAGCGGGAGGAGGAGGGGGAACAGUCUUCCGUUCGCCCAGUUCCAAAGAAGUUGGGCCAGGCGAGCCUGGUCCUUACUAUGACAAGACGGGUGGUCACAGUGUGUUUGGUGGAAGUGGUGGGAUGGCCCAGUCUCGAGGGGUGCACCAGCCUGGUGUGCCACCCAUUAACCCAUCCCCAGGGAUACGAGCGCAAGUGCCUCAUCAGUUCCUGUCACCUCAGCUGCCGAGCUCCAUGCUGAAGCAGAUGCCCCCUCCCAGCAGCAGUGUGGGGGGAGUGGGAGGGGUGGCAGGGGGGGUAUUUCCGCCUCAGCUCUCUCCCCAGCACAUCGCCAUGCUCAGCAGCAUUUAUCCUCCACACAUCCAGUUCCAGCUGGCCUGCCAGCUCCUCCUGCAGCAGCAGCAGCAGCCCCAGCAGCAGCAGCAGCAGCAGCAGAUCCUGCAGAACCAGAGGAAGUUCCCCCAGAACAUACGCCAACAGCCAGACCCCCAGCAGCUGGCUCGGAUCAUGGCUGUGCUUCAGCAGCAGAGGCAGCAGCAGCAGCAGGGUGGAGGGGCCGGUGGGGGCUCCAAACUGUCCCCCUCUCACCUGGGAGGGGUCCCCCAGAAACCGACCAUGGCCGAUCCCCUGUCUCACCCCGGCCUGGGGGGGACCCUGGCUGACCUGCAUUCGAAAACACAGGGGGGCUACUCUGGCUUCGGCUCCGGGCUGGAGAUGGGCUCCAUGGUGGGCGGUCCGGGGGGGAUGAAGGACAGCGGGGGCCAGCAGUCCCGCUUCAAGUGGAUUAUGGAGGGGCACUCCCCUGCCCCCUCGCCUCCCGACAGUGCACUUCACAAGAACGGCCCCAUCUCGGCUCCAGUGAAGCUGAGGGGGGGAUCCCCCUAUUCCCAGUACGAGCUCCUGGGCGGUGAGGGUUUGGGGGUACCCCCUCAGGGUCCGUCUGAUAACUGGCAUCGAACCCCUGGAAACAAAAUGGGAACCAAAACUGGCUCCUCCAGCUGGCCACCAGAGUUCCAGCCCGGAGUCCCCUGGAAAGGAAUUCAAAGUGCUGACCCGGAAUCUGACCCCUACAUGACCCCAGGCAGUGUGUUGGGCUCCUCUGGGACAUCUGGCCUGAAUGACACUGAGCACCAGUUACUGAGAGACAACACAGAGUCCAAUCCCCCCCUCAACACCUUGCUGCCUUCACCAGGUGCCUGGCCCUACAGUGCCUCAGACAGCCCCCUCAACAAUGCACACAGCGCGGCAAAGUACACGGAGUACAAACCCAGCUGGCCCCCUGACCCCAUUGGACACAACAAGCCCUGGAAGGCCAAUCGGAACAGCUCACAGAUGCCACGCCCACCGCCUGGACUGACUCAUCAGAAGCAGCCCCCCCUCUCUUCCUGGGGCGGGGGAGGCCCGCGAUUGGCCAGGGGCUGGGGAGGGUCUGGCGGCAGCCAGGAAUCCAGAUACGGGCCAGGGUCUGCAUGGAGCGAUGCUGGAGCCUCCAGGGGCAGCUGCUGGCUUGUGCUGAGCAACCUCACUCCACAGAUUGACGGCUCCACGCUGCGCACGAUCUGCAUGCAGCACGGGCCCCUGCUGACCUUCCACCUGGGCCUGACCCAGGGCAGCGCGCUCAUCUGCUACAGCUCCCGGCAGGAAGCGGCCAAGGCACAGAGCGCUCUGCACAUGUGCGUACUGGGCAACACCACCAUCCUGGCAGAGUUUGUGAGCGAGGAGGAAGUCGCUCGCUAUUUUGCACAUUCCCAGGCGGGAGGGGGCGGCGGCAGCGGCAGUGGCGGUGGGGCGGUCCCCGGGGCCGGAGGAGGCCAGGGGCCCACGGGGACGGGCGCGGUGGGGGCCAGCACUGGAGGGAGCACCCCGGGCAGCGAGAGGGAGAGGGCGCCAGGAGCGGCGGGGGCAGCAGCAGGAGGAGGGGCGGCGCCCGGAGGAAGCGGCAGCGGAGGAGGGGCUAGCAUAGGAAGCGUGGGGCCUUCGGGCUCCGGCUGGCAGAGUUUGGACAGUUCAGGCAGCUCUCCGGAUCCCUCGUCAGCCCAAGGACCAGGGCUGAGUAUUUUUGCCCAGUGGAGCAGCAACGGGGCUGGGGGAGGAGGAGUGGGUGGAGGUACAGGGGGUGUGGAGCCUGGCCGGCAGGGGCUGUGGGGUGCUAUGACCCCGGGGUACCCCAGCAGCAGUCUGUGGGGGGCCCCCACCAUGGAGGACAGGCACCAGAUGGGCAGCCCUGCCGCACUGCUACCUGGGGACCUGCUAGGUGGGGGAACCGACUCCAUCUGACUGACAGGCACACAAGAACUACACUCACUGACUGGCACUCAAGAACUACAAUCACUGACAGGCACACAAGAACUACAAUCACAGACAGGCACACAAAAACUCACUGACGGACUGACAUACUUGCGCAUGAAGAUGUAUCCUAUGCUGAUACAAGACGACACCGGUACACAAUAAUGCAAACGCAGCAACACGCACUCACGUGCCCUGACACACUUUCCGAAAACAGAUACACUUUUUCAGCAGUGCAGAUGGUGAAAUACACGAACACACACACGCGCGCACACACACAACAUUUCCCUUAAAUGAAGAUUUCAACAGCAAGACUUGAAUGAAAGAAAAAGCCAAUCAGAAUCAAAGACGGAGCUCAGCUGGAUGGAAUGGCGUGCAGUAGGGCAGAAAUGCUGAAAAACAAGCAGACCGAGACAUUUACACUUCGACUCGCACUGUAAAAACACACGACUCGCAUCAUGUGGGCGCGCUGCUUGAAGGCAGGCAGUGUGCGGCAUAUGAUUCGUAUUGUUACAACUCCUGUAGACAGAGGGAAUCAGACACACCUCCACACGUGCACACCGCUCUGAUAUAUGACAAGCAAACUGCAUCUUAAUACUUAGAUUUUUGUUUGGGACAGUGGAAUCCAGAAAUGUAUUUUCCUUCAAACACUGACCUCAUUUUCUUUUUGUUUCACCCCCUCCCCAAAUCGAGUUCAUUGUUGUUAUGACUACAGUUACUUUGUAUUCAGUUGUACUGAGGCAUCCUCUUGUUUCCAUGCCGAUGAGAGGCUAGUAGGGAGGAAGUCAAAUUGGAGUGUGUAUGUGCAGGGGAAAACAAGACUGAGAUUAGACGUUCAUAAGUGAGGUGUGUGUUUCUUCGUAUCUGUUUUGCUUAAGGAGGUGAAUGAGUAUGUGUGAGGUAGCGUAUAGCAGGUUUUGGAUGGUGUGCGCUCUGAAAGUGCAUUCAAAGUAUGUGUGUCGUAUGCAUGUUUAAGAACAUUGGCACUAAUUAAUAUUUUCUUUUUCUUUUAAGAGAUUUUGUUUUUAUCAGCCUUUUUUGUUUUGUAUAUCUUCUGCAUUGCAAUAAUAAAAGAUUGUUUUUAAAUAUUCAACCGAGGGCAUACACGUAGAGAGAGAUGCCAAAUCUAUCACACCAAGUUGAGCUGGACGGGUGCUUACAAACACCUAAAAAAGUUACGAUGUUUUAUUUUAUUGUUGAUAUUUCAUGUUUUAAAUUAAGACAGGCUUUAACACUCCUGUUCAGUUUUGUUUUUUUGUUUAAGAUUUUAGAGGAAAAGACAUUAAUUUAAAAGAUGAGAACAAGAAGGAUAAUAAAGGUUGAAUUAUAUGUUGUGAUUGUUAUGUUGCAUUAGAUGUUAACAGAAUUUGUGUUUGCGAUUAAAACAGUUUUCUGUUCAUUUCAGAGGUGCAUCCCUACCCUGCACAAAGACUUGCCACUCUUGCACACAUGUUGGUGGCUGUGCUUGCUUUGUCUAUCUGCUACCACAGCAUAGACUCCUUACAUACUUGCCCCCUCGUCUUUCUUGCCUGUCCAAUUUGUCCUAUGCUUUAUCACCAUUCAAAACUAUUUCCACAUUCUAUAUUUUACCUUCGCCCUGAGGUAUUUUGUAUCCAAUGAGCCACGGCUGAUUUCCCCCACCCCCUUACCGUUUCUUGAUGGUCUGUACCAAGACUUUGGUCGAGGGGAUUCUAGCACUGCCUAUGUACACGUACACUACUAAAGGGUCAGUGACAGUGUCCGAUCACUUCAUAGAAAAUAGCCCAUUUUGCCAUUUCCAUAACAUUGUUAGCCCCAUCCCUCAAAGUGAGGCAUUGACUCAGUUAUUUGUCACAGUCACUGAUACAGGGACUCCGUUUCUUUUUUUCGCUACAGCGGCCUUCAAGUGUCUGGUGGGCUACAGUACACUAUCUUGCCUCGUUUUACUGUUCUCUCUUUCCUGCUUCAAGCCUGUUUGAAAGGGUCUCUGACCUGUUCUGUGAAGAGCAGAAUGUGUUUAUUCGGUCCGCAUGUAACCAGAAGUCCACUGUUGCCCCCCCUCCCCCCCCUCAACAGUACUGGGGACCAUGGUUUCAAAGUGUUGAGUCUGAACGAUGGUACAUUUUUUAUUUUUUUUGCUGUGGUCAGCAUUUACAGUGCACUAACCAAGACACUCUGUACUGUAAUAAUCAGGUUUAGGCAGCCGCAAGCUCUUCUGGUUCAUUGCAUUGGCUGCAAGACUGUGUUAACAACCAGUUUUCACACUCCAUUCCAUUCACUCUCAGGAGAUGAGCUGGACCUGACAAGCACUGUAAGUGAGAGGGGGCCCUGCAACUCAGAGCUGCUGGAAUGGAGUGGGCUGGGAUAGAAUAGCAUGGAACUGAAGCUUGUUCAGGAGAUGGGCCUGCCUAGCUUUACAUUUCUAACAGCUGGAUCUUAUUGGCCGAACUUCAGUUUUUGAUAUUGACAUUUACAACAUUUUCUACAUUUUAUUUCCAUUAAGCUGUUUUUGUUUUGUUUUGCUUGUCAGGGAUUAGUUUACAGUUGCAUAAAUAUACACACGGACAACAUACUAAAGUAACUACUGGAGUUUCUCCUCAGUGUGUGAGGCUUAAUUUUUUUUUAUUAAACUGAGGGACAUUUUUUGUCAAGGCUGUGUAAUUAUAUAUGUACAAUGUAAUGUAAACAAAAUGAAUACUUUGGGGGGUGAGGAUGGGAGUGCAGUGCAGACCCCAGUCUCCCCAUUCCAAAUCUUAAAUAAAGAGCUUGUUUUCA